AAAUCAAUUGCGCGUUUAUAUGACGUCACCGGCCUACGUGUGUUUCGCACCUGCACGCGACUUGAUGACGUUUAGAAGAGCACCUGAUGACGUCACUUGGCCACCUUGUUCCUGUUUUGGCUGCUAGCUGCUGCUAGCCGUCACCGAAAUGUCGACAGAAAUGUGGGCGUCAUGUUGUCAUUGGCUGUGUUUGGACUCUGCGGAUGACGAGGUAGGUGGGGCCCAGCCGCACCCUCAGUCCUACACAAACUCCGCCUUCAGCAGCCAACCGACUCCUUCCCCCGGACAACAGAACACCUGUAAAGCUUGCGGCCGGCGCCUGGACAUGCCCACCACCGAGCACGUGUGCGCCGACUGCAAAGAAAACUACUGCAACCGCUGCUCGGCCCAGUCGGAGCCCCGGCCCCGCCUGUGUCACACCUGCCAGCGUUUCCACGGCAACCUGCUUCAACGGGCUGAGUUGAUGAAGCUCAAAGUCAAAGAGCUGCGCGACUACCUGCACCUGCACCACAUCGCCACGCAUCUGUGUCGCGAGAAGGAGGAGCUGGUUGAACUGAUCCUGAGUCAGCAGCCGUCUCCGUCCGAAUCCCCCGACCGCGACGUCGAUCCCCCGUUGCCGACCCUCGACCCCGACGCCUCCGACCGGACCCCCGUUGCUGACCCCCCUGACGUCGACCUCCCCGACCGGACCCUCGGAGCCGUGACUCCCGAGGCGUUCCCCGCAGAUGUGAAUACUUCGGACCAGGAGCGGGACCAGGAGCGGGACCAGGAGCGGGACCAGGAGCGCGACCAGGAGUGCGACCAGGGCUGGGACCCCGGCGAGGACGCGGCGGGCCGCAGGGCGUCGCUGUCGGACUUGACGAGCGAGGACGACGUCGAAGCGCUGACCGUGCGACAGCUGAAGGAAAUUCUGGCGAGGAACUUUGUCAACUUCAAAGGCUGCUGUGAGAAGUGGGAGCUGAUGGAGAGAGUCACCCGCCUCUACCGGGACCACGCCGCCACCAACGAGGACGACGGCAGUUGCGCUCCAGCGGGCUCCGAUCAGAACCUUUGUCGCAUCUGCAUGGACGCGGCCAUCGACUGCGUGCUGCUGGAGUGCGGUCACAUGAUCACGUGCACCAAGUGCGGCAAGCGGAUGAACGAGUGUCCCAUCUGCCGCCAGUUCGUCAUCCGAGCCGUCCACGUCUUCCGAUCCUGACGCAGGUACCGCACCGUGUGUCGCGUCACGCUCUUAUUUUGGAGGGUCGGCAAGAACGGGACCACGUCCGCCGGAAGACGAGAGCAAAAAAAAAAAAAAAAAAACGCUCACUGAAGUUUACACCCUUGCCUUCAUGGAAUUCCUCCAAAAUGUUAACCUUAGAGUGACCUUGACACGCUGGACAAUGAAAAUACUCCACGCAAGGGCUUCGCAGUAAGUCUUUGUGUGCUUUUAGUCAGAAUUAUUUUGUUGUUUCUACUUGCCUUAACAUACAUAAGUACUUUCUGAUGAUGCAGAUCUACAACUCUUUCAAAUAAAAAUGUCCAUUUGUC